GUCAGCUAAACCAAACCCCUUGAGUCGACUCUACCAAAUCCUAGGGCUUUAUAAUACCAGAUCUAGAGAAAGGUUGCGCUCUUCUUCCAAUUUCGCCGGUCAACAGAUUCUACACAUUUCUCCGAUGGCGCCACCUCCCGGUCCUUACUCCGGUACCAGCACGCUCGCUCUGGUGGCUCGUGUAUCUGCCUUUUCUGUUGGACUAGUGUAUGGAAGCUUGAAGCUUAAAUACCUUCAGUCAAAGGCAAAUUCGCAAAGAAAAGCUGCAGCGAAGGCACACCACUAAAAGGAGUUGUAGUGAUUUUGUGUUUUGAAUAAUUCUUGAUGAUGAAUUAGUGUGGCAUUUUGGCCAUGUUAUCUUUUAUCUUUUGCUUGUAACUCUUCGAUUUUCAACCAUGAGAAAUGGUAAUACGUUUUCUUAGGGUUUUUUUUUUUUUACAUAAAACGAAAUUCAAAAGUUGAGAUUUUCUACAAGAUAAUUGUUUGGUGUUGUUUCUCUUA